AUGGAUUUAAACCGACUUGACCAGAUGUGUGUCAUUGCAUUUACUUCAGUGGACAACAAUCAACGAGCAAGUGUCACAAAAGAAUUACCAACUGAAUUCACCACUGAAAACAUGUUCCUCGCUAUGUUUACAGCUUUCAAACAAACUACACAACCAUACACACAACAAUACGGCCUUUCGUUGUUCAUUAAUACAUACAAAACAAAUUCAACUCUUCUCAUCAAAUUUUCAGCGGAUAUUCAAGAACUGUUGUUGAGGUGGAUGUUCAGCACUCAAUCCGCUACAUUUGUUGUGAAAUCUGCUUUCCACGCCUUUUCCGUCUCGUCCAUUCACUCGUGGGCAGAUGCACAAAAACAAAUCGACUUUUCAAAUUUUGUUCAGAAGUUAAUUUCUUCACAAAAUACCAUUGAGAGUGCUAUUGGUUUAAAUAUCAUUAAUGAAGUCCUAAAAGACGCAAUGGAGUGCUUUUCUGUAUGUAGAUUUGACAAAGCGAAAAUAUCUCAAAUCAAAGAGAAUGUUGUCUUUGUUUUGACUCAGAUGCUUGUUACAUCAUUUUUGCAAAUACCAAAGACAAUAAACAAUGAAACCAAUGUUCAGACGUUAUUAAAUGCUAUUAAAAACGGCGCAUUAGUCAGUCAUAGUUGGUAUAACGAUGAUGACCCGUUGUGGAUUCAAUUGCCAAAAGAAAUCUACUUUGUUGUUGAGAAUGAAACGUUCUUCGCUGCCCUUUACACAACGUUUGAGACAUCAAAGAACGAAAACACACUCUGUUCGAUCCUCCGACUCUACUCUCUCCUCUGCGGUCUGCGCAAACCAAACUCUAUGGAAACCGCCAAAAAUGCGGCGUUGUCGAUGAAAUUCAUCGAAAUGGCGGUGAACAAAUUAACUUCAUUUCAUAGUCCAGAAGCCGUGUUCUUAUUGUGUCAAACGAUUUCGAAACUUCGGUGUACACAAUUGAUCAAUUCGGAUGUUUCCAAAGAGUUUGGCUCAGUUAUUUGCACCUUCACGCGAUAUGUCUAUACAACAAGUAACAUGAAUGCCAUCGAUUAUUUACUCAAUUUUUGGAUGAAACAGUCGAUGGGGCUACUUCAUUCAAGCACCACUGACAACGACUGGGUGAAAAUGUUAGAAAUGGUAGUUAUGUGGUUUUUAGAGGAAGUUUUGAAUCGAGAAGACCGUGGGGAUGAUUCAUUGACGGGAGACAUUAAUAUGGAUUUGAUAUGGGAAAAUUUAGGAGUUAUUAUUCGGUAUAUAUACCCCUUUUUUGUGCCAUAUAUCACACAAUUGUUGAACGAUUUGGCUAAAAUGAUGUUCAGCAAUAUUCCAUUUCAACAGAAAAGUAUUGUCGAGGGCAAAAUGGCUUGGGUUAUUGAACUGAUUGUAGCGGGGUUACGAGCGUCGACGACGACUGCGAUUGACCAGCAAAAGGUUCUUAUUGAUGAGAAAUUGAUAACAAUGGUAUUACCUAUCAUGCAAAUGUUUGGGAAAAUGAAUAAAGAGAGAGCGUGGGGAGAUGAGGAUAGUGGGGAGUAUCGAGUUGAAAUAGCAAGCAUCGACUUUGUAGAAGCGGCCAAAAUAAUAAUGAACAAACACAUGAGGAACCAAGACUACUUGGACUCGUUUAUAGUUGAAUUUGUUCAAAUGGUUGGGCGAGUGUUAGUUGAAUGGCGUGGGAGUAUUAAACUGAUUGAAAAGGUGUUAGAGACGUUCAACAUGUUUUGUCAAGAGCGACUUUUUGCGUCACGAAUUAUUGGGGGCACUUUUAUUAAAACGUCGAUAUUGAAUGGAUGGCAAAGUAUCGUCUCGAAUUUUCAAGGCAAACAGUCUGAGAUUAAAGGAGUCUAUUUGAGUCUUUUCACGACGAUUGGAAUGGUGUUGUACUCGAGCAAACCACGCGAUGACUCCAAAGAAUUUAUGCACAUGUUUGUCGUGCGAAUGGGCGAAUUAUCGAACCAAGUGGCUAUUGGACAUGUUGAUGAGAAAAGCGUGACUGAAAUUAGUGUCCAAUUGCGUGGGUUAUUCAUGGCGGCUGAAAGAAGUGCUGUGACACCGAACGGGUUAUAUGUACUUAUUGACAAUUACUUUGACAAGUUUGUUAUCAAACUGAUGGGUUUGGUGUUUAACAACAAAGAUCUGUUCCGAUGUCUACUUAAGUUGUAUCAACAAAUCUGUUGUUCGGUGUAUUUUUGGACGGGCCCCUCUGUUGAAACAACGUCUGACAUUGGGAUCAUCCAAACGAGUUUUGAAAUGGUGAAAAAUGUGUGUAUUUAUUGUAUACAACAAGGGGGUGAUACUGUCAAGACGUUUCAAAGCGAACUUAAUAUCUGCUUUAAAAUCAUGUACGGGUGUUUGAAGUCGACUAAUAUGAACUUCUGUCUCCUCCAAUUAUAUGGCAAGAACUUAUUUGUUGAAGUACUUUCAAGGGUUAUUAUUGUUAUGAAUAUGAUCACUGUUGAAAUGCUCGACAACAAUGAAAAACUUGAACUUUCAAUGUUUACACUGGUCUCGUUAUUGGGACCAUUCCUUUAUAUGGUAUCCGAUGAUUUGGUCUUCAUUGUAUUGAACACUAUUAUAACGGGAAUUGUCCGUCGAAACUUACAAAUACAAACAUUGUGUGUUACGUUUUUCGAUACCCUUUCGGAGAAAUGGAUGUUGGAACGAACUAUUUCAAAACAUUGCACAUUGAAAGAAGCAUACAUACAACCACUUUAUAAUAUUUUUGUUGUCGCCGUUCGACAAUUUUUCUUCUCUGGGCCAAGCAACACAAUUGGAAGGCUUGUCUUCUAUUUGGCGCUAUUAGAACCAAUCUUUUUAGAAAAGAGUGUUGAAGACAUUGUCAAGGAUGUCGCUGAAAAGGAUAGGAACAUGUUUUUGACCAACUAUUUUACACUUCAAAACUUCUUCUCGGUUAGAAGAGACAAGCACGAGGCCGAAUAUUUCUUGUCUGAGCUUCGAGGCGUUUAUGGAAAACCGGAGUGCAAAUUAAGAUAA